CUAUGCUUGUCCAGUCUCUACGAUCGCUGCUAGUGGGGGUUGAAGUUUGGGUACCGUAACUGUCCAGCUCCAUUUAUCCUUCCUUGGUUCUGCUCGGCGUCGCCUCAUCUUCUCGGUUCCCUCCUCCUCCAUGCUUGGAGUUGCUACUCAUUUCUUUCGGCACUGUGGUGUUCGCGGGAGCGUCACUCUUCUUCCUAUAUUUCCUGAGUUUCUACGUGAGGGUGUAGGCAGAUCACCAUCUUCACUUCUCUUCUUCUCUUAUGCGUCCAUUGUGCGGGACUUGGAGAUGGAGGCCUCGAAAGCAUGUUCUGGAGAUACAUCUUCUGACUCAGGCUCUAAGUUUGCCUCUUCUAGCCCAACUUUAGUCCACUCUGAAGGAUCCACUCCAUUGCCUCUGCCUCCUAUCUCGCUCCUCAAUCCUCCAAAUUCUCUUGAUUCUCAAGAUCUUCUACAGACUGUUCAGAGAAGUAGAGUUAGGAGCUUCCCUCAUGUUGAUGGUAACUAUGCCUUGCAUAUUUACAUACCAAUCUGCAUACCAUUUCAAUCAAAGAAAGAAUUGGCUGCCUUCUUGAAGAAAGUCUCAUCUCAGGAGCCAAGUCUUCAUGCUGUUGAUGUUGAUUUACCACUUAAUAUUCUCCAUAAAAAUGAAGAGAAGCUUGAACGGGCUGUUUUAGGGAGGGAAUUUCAUAUUAGCUUGGGAAGAACUGUCCCGAUACGAGUGCAUCAGAUUGACUCCAUGGUAUCCAUGCUUCGACAGAAACUUCAAACUCAACAGGGUUACUGGAUUGACUUUAGUAAGUGGGAAAUUUUUGUAAAUGAUGACCACACACGCACCUUUUUAUCGUUAGAAGUGGUUCAAGGAGGGCUGAGAGAGAUAACAAAGCAAAUUGAAGUUGUCAAUGGUGUUUAUAAGCUUCACAAUCUCCCUGAGUUCUACAAGGAUCCUCGGCCUCACAUAUCCUUAGCAUGGGCUUUGGGUGACAUUGGUCAUUCCCUGAAGAAAGUGGUUGAAGAAAUAAUAAAGAGCCAUGCUACUGAGGAAUUUGUUAAAAAAUGUGCUUUUACCUAUAAAUUCAAACGUAUUAAGUGUAAGAUUGGCUGCAAAACAUACAAGAUUUGUAAAGUUAAAAUGGACACUGAUGGACAUUGAUAUGUUUAGAAGUAGGAGUAAAAUUUUUGGCUGCAUAGAUUUUUAUCUGAAA